GAAAGCUUCAUUUUUCAAACUAUUCAACAACAAAAAGAAUAACAAUCAAUACAGACAACAAUCCAUUCAAAUCUAAAAUUGAAAAUUGAAUCAACUGAUAAUCGAAUGAAUAUACAAUCGCAACAUCUUCAAACACAGAAUUUAAUCCGACCAUUUCCUUAUCAUUGCCAUAUCCAACAUCAACAACAUGACCAUUGUCAAAAUGAUAAUCGAUCUUCACCGUCUUUAUUAAUAGAUAUCAAUCAAUUACCAAUAUCGCAACAUCAUACAUCUGAAUUGUCUCAAUCAUCUAUUUCAUCAUCAUCAUCAUCAUCAUCAUGUACAUAUGAAUCAUCAAUAACAACAUCAUCUUCAACAACACAAAAUCAACAAUCACAAGAAUUGUAUGAUGAAUUUUACAUGCAGCCAAUUUAA